UUUGGAUUGUUACGAAGUGAUUGCUGCUGAAAUAUAAAACGCAAAGGAAAAACGUUAGCACGAGGCCCCUUCUCUGUUACAUGCUUUUAUACUGAAGCAGGUGUAGCGUUGUUGGGCAGGGAGGGAUUCGAUCUCUCUUCCAUACCAACAACAACAGAGAGAAGAAGACCCAUCAACAAACACUAACCAGCACAUCACUUUCUCUCUCUACCUGGUGGUUUAUUAAUUCCGUAAGAAACUAAGUUUCACAGUUCUCCAUUGCUCGUUCCACAGAAGAUGGAAUAGAAUGGUGACGUUGGCUUUCGAGUAAGUGCAGCGAAAACUUGGGGGCGACAUGUCUGAUUCAUCAAUCAAUGAUAUUGAGUUACGAUUUUCUUCUCUAGAGCAGAUUGGAAGAGGAUCAUUUGGAGAUGUUUACAAAGGUUUUGACAAAGUGUUGAACAAAGAUGUCGCUAUCAAAGUUAUUGAUUUGGAAGAAGCGGAGGAUGAAAUUGAGGAUAUUCAUAAGGAAAUCUCAGUUUUGUCCCAGUGCCGUUGUCCUUAUAUUACUGAGUAUUACGGCUCCUACCUCCAUCAAACAAAAUUAUGGAUACUUAUGGAAUUCAUGGCGGGUGGCUCUGUUGCAGACUUAAUUCAAACAGGACCACCUCUGGAUGAAAUGUCUAUCGCAUGCAUUCUACGUGACUUGCUACAUGCAAUUGAGUACCUCCACAGUGAGGGAAAGAUUCACAGAGAUAUCAAAGCUGCUAAUAUACUGUUGACAGCGAAUGGUGAUGUUAAGGUUGCAGACUUUGGCGUUUCUGCACAGUUAACACGAACCAUAUCGAGGAGAAAGACCUUCGUAGGAACACCAUUCUGGAUGGCUCCAGAGGUGAUUCAGAAUACUGAUGGGUAUAACGAGAAGGCUGACAUUUGGUCAUUGGGAAUCACUGCUAUUGAGAUGGCAAAAGGUGAACCCCCACUGGCGGAUAUCCAUCCAAUGAGGGUUCUUUUCAUCAUACCUAGAGAAAACCCUCCGCAGCUAGAUGAUCACUUCUCACGUCCUAUGAAAGAAUUCGUCUCUUUAUGCUUGAAAAAAAAUCCGUCUGAGCGGCCCAGUGCCAAGGAACUUUUAAAGCAUCGUUUUAUAAAAAAUGUCCGUAGAAGUCCAAGGCUUUUGGAAAGAAUAAGAGAACGCCCAAAGGUGCUGGUUAGAAAUCCGGAUACCCAGAGAAAUGGUCAUACUGCCUUUGAAGAUGUAUCCAAUCCAGUUCGAGAAACCAAAGGUCUGAAAGAUGAGGAGACUGUGAGAGCCAGGAAUGCUGGCUGGGACUUCAGUGUGCGUGGAAAUCUUGGUGGUGGCACUAUCAGCAAUGCUGUGAGCCCACCCCAAGUCAAUGCGACCAAAGAAAAAUUUUCAGAUGCGCAAUAUACUCAAGUUCUUCCCAGGGUAUCCUCAGAACUAGAUAGUCGAUACUCCACAUUGGGAAAUACGCCUCAAGACUCAACUUUAAACUUCACCACUGAGAUAAAAGGAAGAGAUCAGCAAACUGAUGAGAGAGAGGAAAUUUCACUUGGAGAUGGCAAAGUAUCUGCAAACAGCUCUGGGACUGUCAUUUCACGAACCCCUAGAGUGACACAGAAAUCAUCCUUUUUCACUGAUCAAAGCACUGCAUCAAGCAGCAGCAGACGUUCAUCUAGUGGUGAUUUAUCUCCCAGUGGCACCAUUGUCGUUCGAGGGCCACUUGAUGAAGCAGACCCGCCCUCCAGAACACCAAGGUCCAGGUUAGGAAUUCAAGAGAAGGCAUCAAGAGCUUCACAAGAAGAUAGUGCUGUCAACCUAGCAGAGGCAAAAGCAGCACUGCAGGCUGGCUUGAGAAAAGGAAAUACUCGAGAAAGGUUUCAACUUGGAAAGCUUCAUAUAGAUGGGCAGGAAAGCAAAGUUGCAGAGAGGCCAACCAGCUCGGAUUCUUCUAGAGAUUCUCAUGAGUAUUUGGAUGCACCAAAUUUAUUGUCGAGAUUGGGUCGAUCAAGUGAUGAUGAGAGUGGUGCCCGCUAUGCAGCAGCUGUGUCUUCCCCAUCCUUGUCUUUAUUGCUUAUUCCUGCACUGAAAGAGGCCUCUGGUAACGAUUCAGAAGGAGCGGUGGUGCGUGCUGUCACCAACUCUUUAAUUGAAAUGGAGCAUGCACUACCCAGUUCAUGUGAAGUUUUUGUCAGCAGGUUGCUUCAACAACUUGGAAGCACAAAGGAACCCUCUGUGAAAGGGCUCCAAGAACUGGCAGCACGCAUCUUUGCAAAAACCAGUGCUCCACCAAACAUGGAGAGUGCAAACAAUGAAGCAACAUCAUCAAAGCCAAGCAAUGGGAAGAGGCAACCAAAUGUUGAUCAGACCGAGAAUUCAGGCCUAAGUCCCCUCGCAAGAUUUCUAAUAUCAAGGUGGCAGGGUCAAGUUUCUCGUGACCUUAACUCAGUUUAGGGGAGGAACAUGAAGUGUGAUUGUAUUGAGAAUUUGUUUAUGUGAAUAUUUGUUCUAUCUAGGUGUCAUUAGGAAUGUCUGGCAGCCGCUUGUUUGCCAUUUUGCGGCCUAUUCUAUUUUUUGAUGUCAUGUCAUAAGGACAACACCUGCUUAUGAUCAUUAUCAUUGUUUUGAUUGCUAUGUAUAAUAUUGAAAUACAUUUUUUGUUUGUGGACAUGUUGAGAAAAUCUGUAUUAUUUAUUUAUUUAUUUAUUUUUC